AUGGCUCUUGAAGUCCUUAAGGCACGUCGUUCGAUCAGAUGCUACGACCCAGAGUAUGUUAUCCCAAAGGAAGACCUUCAGAAAAUCCUUGAUGCUGCCUUGAAUUCUCCUUCUACUUUGAAUGCCCAAGAAAACGACAUCAUUGUUGUUACAAACAAGGAACUUAUCCAGAAGGCUAACGAUGUUGUUUACAGUGCACUGGAUGAUAAGUCCAAAGAACGUUUUAUUAAUCGUCAAAAGAGAUACGGCGUCAAGCAAAUCAUAAUGUACGACUGCUCCUCUCUUAUUCUUCUUGUUAAGAAUGAGCGUGCCAAUCCAAUGGUCCUUGGCGUUGAUACAGGCAUUCUUGCAAUGAGUAUCAUGACAGCUGCUGAAUCAAUCGGCCUCUCUACUGUUGCAAUGGGAAUUGUUGUUCGUCCACAGGUUGAACAACUCUUCAAUCUUGCUCCAGGAUCUCUUUGCUUAGGCAUUGGCAUUGGAAAGGCCAAAAAUACAGAUGUUGAUCCAAAGCAGGUUCUCCGUAAAGUUACAUUCCUUGAAUAA